GAGAAGCAGGAAGCCAAGGGAAGCCGGUGGGCUCUCCCUCCCUUGGUUUCCAGCAUGGGGAAGACGGACUUCCUCAGCCCCAAGGCCAUCGCCAACCGCAUCAAGUCGAAGGGGCUGCAGAAGCUGCGCUGGUAUUGCCAGAUGUGCCAGAAGCAGUGCAGGGACGAGAAUGGCUUCAAAUGUCACUGCAUGUCAGAAUCUCACCAGAGACAGCUACUCCUUGCUUCUGAAAAUCCUCAGCAGUUCAUGGAUUACUUUUCAGAGGAAUUCCAGAACGAUUUCUUAGAACUACUCCGGAGGCGAUUUGGAACAAAGAGGGUCCACAAUAACAUAGUGUACAAUGAAUAUAUAAGCCAUCGGGAGCAUAUCCAUAUGAAUGCCACCCAAUGGGAAACGCUGACCGAUUUUACCAAGUGGCUAGGGAGAGAAGGCUUCUGCAAAGUGGACGAAACGCCCAAAGGCUGGUACAUCCAAUACAUCGACCGAGACCCUGAGACGAUCCGCAGGCAGCAGGAGCAGGAGAAGAAGAAGAAGCAGGACUUGGACGACGAAGAGAAGACGGCCAGGUUCAUUGAAGAGCAAGUCAGGAGAGGCUUGGAAGGGAAGGAACAGGAAGAGCCGGUCUACACAGAACUAAACCGAGAAAACGAAGAAGAAAAAGUGACAUUUCAGUUGAACAAAGGAGCAAGCACUUCCACGGCGGCACAAGCUAAGCCCAGCUUGCUGGGCCCCAGCGGGCUGAAGAUGGCGGGAGCAGCACCAACGGUUAAACGCAAGGAAACUCCUCCUGGCUCAGGGCAGUCCAAAGAAAAGAAGAGAAAGAACGCGCUGGAUGAGAUCAUAGAGUUUGAAGAAGAGAAGAAAAAAUCAGCUCGAGCCGACUACUGGCUGCAGCCCGAAAUUGUGGUCAAAAUCAUUACAAAGAAGCUUGGAGAGAAAUACCAUAAAAAGAAGGCUGUUGUUAAGGAGGUGAUAGACAAAUACACAGCAGUUGUAAAGAUGAUUGAUUCGGGUGAUAAACUGAAACUCGACCAGACCCACCUGGAGACGGUGAUUCCAGCACCAGGCAAAAAGGUGCUGGUUUUAAAUGGUGGCUACAGAGGAAACGAAGCUACUUUAGAAGGUAUAAAUGAAAAAACGUUUUCGGCCACGAUACUCAUUCAAUCUGGGCCUUUGCAAGGACGCCGAGUGGAAGGUGUGCCGUACGAGGACAUCUCGAAACUGGCUUGAGAACAAAUUCUGAUAGACCCUUGAAACGUGUCCAGCCUAAAGAAGCCCCAAACUGCAGUUGCUGCCUCCCCCAAGCUGGAGUUUUAAAAUCUGUUUCCUAGAAGCAAGCCAGCAGCGUCUUUCUUAAAAGCAGUUUUGGACAAGAGAGUCCGUGGUGUCGAAGCCGCUUCCAGACUCUGUGAUGUUUUUGAUAUUUAUAAUAGUGUUUGUUCCAGAUCACUUAAACUGUGCCACUGGACUAUUUUCUUAUGUGAAACAUAACAUGUUACCCGCCAUAAAAGCUGUAUACCCUUUCGGAGGCUUGGUGGAUCUCUUGACAACUUACAUUACUUGUAGUUACAAGAAAAAUGUAACUGAGGCUGCGUAGGUAAGUUUGUUAUCAGUCAGUUUGAGAAUUUGGAAAUGAAGGUUUAUUAGCCAGCGGGUCCUGUGGCUCCAAUCUCUUUGGUGUGACACUCCUCUGGCACGAGGAGCCUUAUCCUGACACAAGAGUACCACCCCCAGCAGAACAGAUCUUUGGAAUUCAGCACGCUGUGUGGUGAUAUGAGACCCUCCGUCUUACCACUUCUCCAGCCAUCCCAGAAUACCAUGUGCUCAGUGUCCCUCAAUUAAAACAUUCAGGCCGCUCAUAGUCACCGUAUUGCUGCUGCACCUAGCCAUGCAAGACAGAAGAAGGGACAUGCAGAUGUUUGUGAUAGGAAAGGGGGGGGGGUGCUAGUGUGGCCCUUGGUUGCUUCUUGAGCCAUAUUGGCCACAGAUCUAUAACCAAGGCAGAUUUUAUGUCCUCACGGGAGAUGCUCAGGCUGAGGGAAGUGGAAAGAACUCCCUCCAUAGCAGUAGCACCUGAGCUGUUUCUACCAGAAACUGAUUCUGACUGUGGUAAAUUACACCUUGGGAAAUCCAGUGCCUCUGGCCGAGCUCUAAAUCUGCGGAUUAUGUUCCAACCAUCUUUGUGCAGCCUGCACAUUGAGUUUUCCAGUGUCCCUCUCUGUUUUGGUAGCCCUUUCUGACUCCUGGAACAGUCACUGAUUGGAUUCUUGAGCUUAUGCAUUUGAAUCGGCAUACAGGUUGGGGGGCUGGAGUGAGGAGAGAGAAGGGGAUGCAACUGCCCUUGCUCUUUAGCAAAGCUCUAUUUGGAGAAGAGAAAGGAGCAACCAUCUGACCCCAUUGCCCCUGCUCCUAUGCAUUGUUGAAGGAAUGUGUAGCACAGAGCGGAAGAGCUGGGUGAGGAGUGGGAGAGAGGCCUCCACUGUACACGCAAUACAGAUUUGCUGUUCUUAUAGGUAUGCGGAUGGCCUUCAGAUGGCUAUCCCUGUGGUCAUGGAGCUGUCAUGUAGGGUAGGAUUAUGCUCCCUUCCCCUCGCACAGGGAUUGGGUGGACUGAACCAGGUGCAGCCACCCACCUUGUCUGUCUUCGCAUGGGGAUCAGGAGCGCUGAGCCAGGCACCAACACCUUCACCUCAUGUGGAGCUUGUGUUGGUCAAACCAGGCACCAUCUUCUCUGCCUCAUCUUGGUGGUGUUUGGGCCGGCUGGGUGCCGCCUCCUUUGCCUCACCUCAGGCGUGCUGGGAGCCACUUCCCCUGUUUUGCCCAAGAAUCAGGCAGGCUGGGUUCAACCUUUCUAUCAUGAGGCUGACAUGGCAGGGAGGCCAUCGGCCCACCUGGAGGUGUCCCAGUGCUCUUAAUGGCCAAUCUGCCCCUGCCUGUGAGGUAAAUUAGGCUGAGGAUGUGUAACUGGUCCGAGUUCAGCAGAAUUGUAGUCUGACGCUCUAAUCGCUACUGGCUUUCAUUGGGGUGGUUGCUGUUGAACAGUUGCCCAGUAGUUGCUGCUGGCCCUGACGAGUCUACCCUCAAAGACCAAAACAGUCCCAGAAAGGGUUGUGCUUCUUCUCCCACCUUUUACUGACAGAAACCAAGCCUGGAACGCUGGCAAAACUGUUGUGGUUGCCUAGCAUUAGCCACUGAGGGCAUGGUUCUCUUAAAGCUACAGAUGCUCCUAUCAUUUGGGUUUGUUUUAGAUUUCAGAUUUCUAUGUAAACCUGGGGUUUUCCUCAGGUUUGAAGAAAGAUCUGUCUUGUCUGUCCUUGGCCCCAAUCUCCAGAUGUAUGUAUCCACAGAUUGAAAACACAUUAAGAAUUAGAUAUGUUGAUAAUGUAUAGAAGCAAACCCUGUCCACCUCGUAACCAUGAUGCUCUGCUUCUACAGCCAUGAGCUUGCUGGAGAUGUUUUCUACAUAAGUUGAGCAUAUUGCCGAGAUGCUCAAGGGUUCACUGAACUCUUCUGAAACUGUACAGGACACACAAGCUUUUUUAAAAUUGUAUUUUAAUUGCAUUGUUUAAAUUAUAUUUCAAAAGGUGGUUUUUGUCCAGUAAACAGAACUGUAUUUUAUAAAGUUUAAAAGUGAA